CUGCCACAAAGAUUGCCCGCCGGGAGAACAGCGCGUCGAAUACGAUAACACAGACAGGUGCUGCGAAUGUGUACCAGUCACAACACCCGUCUCAACAACAGUGACAAGCCCAAGCACAACAGAAGUCUGCAGGGAUCCAUAUUAUCAUGAUGAUCAACCAACAUGCUGCAUGCAUGUGGCGCAGUGUUCAGUGCCGCCAGAGUACUCAGGAUCAGAUUACUGCAAUGCUUGCAAACCGCCCAAGGUUUUCAAUGGCACUCACUGUGUCCCACCACUCGAGUGCCUCUGCUACGAUGAAACUGGUUAUCACAAGCCCUUCGAUAAAUGGGAUGAUCCAAAUCAAGAAUGCAGCGAGUGUGUCUGUUUCAACAAUGCAAUCUCCUGUUAUCCAAAGAUCUGCCCAACGGUGUCUUGCGAGAAUCCCAUUACUCCUGAUGGCGAGUGCUGUCCUUAUUGUCCAGGUAGGGAUAGGUUUACACCAGUGGGAAUAGAAUGA